AUGGUUCGACCGAACCUGGCUGUUGCCGGGUUGGUGCGGCGGCGCAUCGAGCCGCUGGGCGGCCGGAGCGAGGGCGAGAUUUCCUCAAUCACAGAAUCCUUGCCUAGGGCCUCGAGGCGAACAAGAGCACGCGGCUUCGCGACGACGUCGAGGUUACGGGAUUGGGAUGAACAAUCUACAGCAGGUGCUACGCAGAAGCCGAGGCCCCGGACUGCGAUUUUCUUUCCAGGCCAAGGUGUACAGAAAGUAGGCAUGCUCACGCCAUGGCUCGAAGCAUUCCCCGCGACCGCGAAGCCGAUCGUCGAGCAGAUCGACCACUGCAUGGGCUAUAAGCUCUCGGAUAUAAUACAACAUGGAACGAGUAAAGUCCUAACGGCCACAUCGAACGCCCAGCCCGCGAUCAUGGCCACGUCGAUCCUGAUUCUCAAAAUCCUCGAAAAGGAAUUCGGCUUCGACCUAGCGACGAGGGUCAAUGUCACGUUAGGCCACUCCCUCGGCGAGUUCGCCGCCCUCGUGGCCGGCGGGUACAUGGAGUUUGAAGAUAGCUUAUACGUGUGCACGAAGCGGGCGUUGGCUAUGGAGCAGGCGACGCAGAACGCCAGGGAGCAGUACGGCGGCGAAUACGGCAUGGUGGCCAUCGUGACAGAGCCGGAAUACCUCCCGGGCCUCAUCGACGCCGUUGACGGCUUCGUCGAACGCAGCGGCGCGACGGGCUUUGCCCCCAUCGAGCAGGUACACAUCGCCAACAUCAAUUCGAAGAAUCAGAUUGUCCUUAGCGGCAACAUUGACAGGAUAAAGACGCUGGUGGCGCACGUGCGGCAGUUCCUUGGACACGACCCCCGGGCUGUCCGGCUGAACAGCGACUCGCCGUUUCACAGUCCCAUCAUGCAGCCCGCCGUAUCGGUCAUGCGGAAACUUCUCGAGAAGAAGAGCCGGGUGGAGGGACGCGCCGACAAGGACAUCGUAACGUUUCCAGGCGUUAUCCCGUGUAUCAGCAACGUUACCGCUCGACCGUUCCGGAGCAAGGAGGAGCUAAAGGAUCUACUGGCGAGACAAGCUGUGGAGACGGUGAUGUGGUGGGACACUAUCAAGUACCUGGACCAAGAGGAGCGUGUACGGCGCUGGAUCGGCAUUGGUCCCGGGAAGGUCGGGAGAAAUCUCGUGGGCAAGGAGGUUGGUCUUCGAGGCCACGAUGUCGUUAAAGGCGCAGGCGUCUGGGCCAUCACGACGCCGGAGGAUAUAGAAGAGGUCCUGAAGGGCCUUGAGGAGACGGAGAGCGUGCUCGAGGACAUGGAGGACGAAGGAGAACUAUAG